UGGCGGAAGAGUCAGGUAGCAACCGCUGCGACUCCUUCCUGUGCCGUAGCGUCUGAGUCGGGCUCUUGACAGUCCUCAGAUCCCGCUCAUGCUCGGCUCCGCUUUAUUUUUGGGUUUCGGGCGGAGUUCGCGUCUUGCUAGCCAUGGCGGCAGGCCCAGGGGCGACCAGUGAUGCGUGCCACGCAGCUAGAGCUGGCGGGGAGGAAGUUGAACGUGUCAAACCUUUUACGCCAGAGAAAGCAAAAGAAAUUAUCAUGUCUUUACAACAACCUGCAAUCUUCUGUAACAUGGUUUUUGAUUGGCCAGCACAACACUGGACUGCUAAAUACCUUUCUGGGGUCCUUCAUGGCAAGCAGAUACAAUUCAGAAUGGGAAUGAAAAGCACAGAUACAGUUCCUCAGUUUGAAACUACAUGUAGUUACAUAGACGCUACAGUUGAAGAGUUUCUUACCUGGAACUGUGACCACUCUAGUAUUUCUGGACCAUUUAGAGAUUAUGAUCAUUCCAAAUUCUGGGCUUAUGCUGACUAUAAAUAUUUUGUCAGUCUAUUUGAAGAUAAGACAGAUAUUUUCCAGGAUGUGAUAUGGUCUGACUUCGGGUUUCCUGGAAGAAGUGGACAGGAAAGUACAUUGUGGAUUGGCUCCCUGGGGGCCCAUACACCCUGUCAUCUGGACUCCUAUGGUUGCAAUUUAGUAUUCCAGGUACAAGGAAGGAAAAGAUGGCAUCUCUUUCCUCCUGAAGAUACUCCCUUUCUUUAUCCAACUAGAAUCCCUUAUGAAGAAUCUAGUGUGUUCAGUAAAAUCAAUGUUGUCAAUCCUGAUUUAAAACGAUUUCCUGAGUUCCAGAAAGCUCGAAGACAUGUGGUUACGCUGAGCCCAGGACAGGUUCUCUUUGUUCCCAGACACUGGUGGCAUUAUGUAGAAUCCAUUGAUCCUGUCACUGUCAGUAUAAACUCAUGGAUUGAGCUGGAAGAGGACCACCAAGCCCGGGUAGAAGAGGCGAUCACCCGCAUGCUUGUGUGUGCCCUGAAAAAUGCAGAGGAUCCACACAAUACCAGAGCUUGGUUAAACCCAACUGAGGUUGAGGAAACAUCCCAUGAAGUCAAUUGUCGCUACUUAAAUGGAGCUGUUUCUGCCUUUUUUGAUCAUUACAGAACAUCUAAGGUAGUAGAAAACCAAGCUCUCAGAACAAAUGGAGAGUACAUGAAAAAAGAAGAAUUAAAUGUGUACAGCCUCAUGGAGGUGGAACAAACAGGUAGCCAGAACUUACCCUUGGGAACAGUAAAGCAGGAGGCAGCAAGUCCCUUUGGCCCCGAUCUGGUUCCUGUAGUACCAAGCUCCGAAGAACCACCCUCAGAAAGGGGAAGCAUAUUUGAAAAUGACGGUAAAGACUUUGUUGGCAAAGACAGAGAACACUUUGGAAAAUUGCAUUGUACCAAGAGGCAACGAAGGAUGAGUAAAAGUGAGAAUGCAGCUGUUGAACAAAUUGCUUCAAAUAGCAUUACGGCCCCUUCUCAAACAUUCGUUUCUACUGAUGACUUGCUGGACUGCUUGGUAAACCCACGAGUAACCAAGAUAGUGGCACAACUUUUGAUACAGGGAAGAAGUUUGUAAUUGUAAUAGAAAAUGGCUUUUUAAUAUUUUAAAAAUAUUUUUUAAAUAGUAUGAUUUUAAAAUAAAAGAUAAAACAGCAAAAAGUCAGUUUGCACAUGCUGUUAACCUAGUUAACUUUCAGUCUCUUGCCACCUUCUUGCAUUCAUGUCACUCUUUGGUCAUAUUGGCUCUUUGUUAUUUGUUAGGACUUCUUCCUGUGCCUUUUCCUUUCCUCUCCUAUCCUGUCCCUUCAGCCCGUCUCAAAUCUAAGCCCCAAGUGUUUUCAACAGGAGGUAACCUCUCCAUCAGCCUCAAGCAGGGGUUAGCCUGCUGCUUGUUUUCAUAAACUUUCAUUGGAACACAGC